AUGGCCGCUUCAUCCAAAGACACGCCCAAUGUUGAGAAACAUCAAACGAUCGAAAAGAUAUUCGGCAAUUUUAUCCCUCAACAUCAUGAUAAAAGUCUAAAUCCUCUCAACCUUGCCAAUAUCUCCGUCUCGGAGUUCUCCGCAGGCUUGAGGAACCAUUUGUCGAUACUGAAUGAGGGGGGCAGCAUAGCCCGUGGCCGUGGGGAAGAUUUGGUCAGCACUGGGCUAAGUAAGAGCCUAGAGAGCCUUUUCUCCACAACGACGCCACUCGUGACAGAAGGGCCACCCUUGACCUGGACGAGUCUUGUCCUCUUUGCAGGCCACCAAUAUGAGGGUACAGCGCAGCUUCCGGUCGGAGACUCCAGAAUCGAGCUGUCCGAAGAUGACCUCAAACUCUUACGCUCUGGUAGACCCUGGCGGUUUCUCUUCCCUUGGCCUGGUAAGGAUGACUGCACGAAGGAGCUUCAAUCAACGAAGACGGCUAUUCAGGAGCUUCUUGAUGCUCGAAAAUUGAUAGGUGAAGGAAGCUAA